GUGCUGCUCUGAUCCUGCCAAAGCCCGAUGGCCGAGGAGAUGGCCGAUGGAGACGCCAGCCUGGAGCUGGACCAGGAGAAAUACGACGCUGAUGAGAACGUGAAGAUCAUCUGUCUUGGGGACAGCGCAGUGGGGAAGUCCAAGUUAAUGGAACGCUUUCUCCUGGAUGGGUUCAAGCCUCACCAGCUCUCCACCUUUGCCCUGACACUCUACAAGCAUACAGCCACCGUGGAUGGCAAGACGAUCCUCGUGGACUUCUGGGACACGGCUGGGCAGGAGCGCUUCCAGAGCAUGCAUGCUUCCUACUACUACAAGGCUCACGCCUGCAUCAUGGUCUUUGACGUCCAGAGAAAGGUCACCUACAAGAACCUGAGCAGUUGGUACAAGGAGCUGCGGGAAUUCCGCCCCCAGAUCCCUUGCAUUGUGGUUGCCAACAAAAUCGACGCCGACAUGAAGGUGACUCAGAAAGGCUUCAGCUUUCCGCGGAAGUUCAACCUGCCCUUCUAUUUUGUGUCUGCUGCAGAUGGCACCAAUGUGGUGAAGGUCUUCAACGAUGCCAUCAAGCUGGCUGUGGCCUACAAACAGAAUUCAGAAGACUUUAUGGAUGAAGUCUUGAAGGAACUGGAAAAUUUCGAACUGGAGAAGAAGGGGGAGGACUCGACUGACAAAGAGGAGAACAGCCCAGAAGAAAACCCCCCGUCAACCUGAGGCCAGGGCAUGGGGUGGCUUAGUUCCGCUUCCUCGAGUAGCUAGAGGUGCCCAAUUUGGCAGGGACUUGGGGGGUGGGGAGCAGUGGUCCCUGCACAGAGGUGCCGGCCCUCCCUCCCUAAGGGAGGCAACCUGACGGAGAUCAGCUCUGCUCCUUUGGAUCCUUGAGGUGUGGGUGACCUGGCCGAGAACCCGUAGCAGUUCCCUCCCCUUAAGAAUGCUGGGGAGGUGGGGGGGGGGGAAAUAUAUGGUUUGGUGGGAGUUGGGCUCGCGGAUCCCCCCACCCCACAUCUUGGGGAUCUUCAGCCAUGAGCGAUUGUGGAUGGCGUCUGCCUUCAGAAAUAAAUAUUUGAAGGACUUG